GUGUUGGAGCAGCAUGGUAGGGACGAGUCAUACCACGAGGCUGUCCCACCAGACGCGGUCGCAUUCGCACGAUCCACCCACCAAGUGCAACAGCUGGUAACCGCGUGCGCUGCCGCCCGCGUGCCCGUCAUUCCCUAUGGCGCCGGCACGUCUCUGGAAGGCCACGUGGCGGCGCUCUGUGGAGGCGUCUCCAUUGACCUGUCGCAGAUGAAUGAGGUGGUGGAGGUGCAUGCAGAGGACAUGGACUGCAGAGUGCAGGCAGGGGUGACACGUCAGCAGCUCAACCACCAUCUGCACGACUCGGGCCUCUUCUUCCCCGUUGACCCAGGCUCGGAAUGCACCAUAGGGGGGAUGACAGCAACAAGAGCUUCAGGCACCAAUGCUGUUCGGUAUGGCACGAUGCGAGAGGCAGUGCUGGGAGUCACUGCAGUGCUGCCCAACGGGCAGAUCAUAAAAACGGGCAGCCGGGCACGAAAGUCUUCCUCAGGGUACGACUUGACUCGCCUGAUCGUGGGCAGUGAAGGCACCUUGGCUGUUGUCACCGAGGUGGCCCUGCGCCUGUACCCCCAACCUGAGGCAGUCUCGGCAGCUGUCUGCCCUUUCACCUCCAUCGCUGGUGCUGUGGACACAGUGAUUGAGACGAUUCAAACCGCCAUCCCCGUCGCGCGCAUAGAGCUCCUGGACGAGGUUCAGGUGGACGCAGUGAAUCGCUACUCCAAGACGCACCUGCACCCGAGCCCCACGCUCUUCUUUGAGUUCCACGGCACCGCUGCUGCUGUGGAGGAGCAAGCUAAGCAGGUGGGGCGGGAAGAGGGUGGGGGAGAGGCAAGCCUCCUAGCAGACGUGUGUGUGCCUAUAUCGCAUCUCACAGAGCUGGUGGUGCUGGCGAAGCAGCAGAUAGGGCAGGCCCAGCUGGUAACUCGUCUUCCACUAUCACACGCCCUUCCCAACCUCGCUCUCUCUUUCUUCUUCUUUUCUAUCCAUCCUUCCCACCCCCCCUACCCCAGCCUCCUAGCGGAUGUGUGUGUGCCUAUAUCGCGACUCACAGAGCUGGUGGUGCUGGCGAAGCAGCAGAUAGAGCAGGCUCAGCUGGUGGCGCCCAUAGUGGGCCACGUGGGGGACGGCAACUUCCACGUGCUCUUCAUUGUGACUGCUGCUGCUGCUGCUGCUGCUGCUGCUGCUGCUGCUGCUGCUGCUGCUGCUGCUGCUGCUGCUGCUGCUGCUGCUGCUGCUGCUGCUGCUGCUGCUGCUGCUGCUGCUGCUGCUGCUGCUGCUGCUGCUGCUGCUGCUGCUGCUGCUGCUGCUGCUGCUGCUGCUGCUGCUGCUGCUGCUGCUGGUUCUGGUGGUGCUGCUGCUGCUGGUCUUGGUGAUGCUGACGCAUGUGCGGAAUCACAACAACUGAAGAUCUGCGGGACAUGUGUGUCGGGACUGGCAUUCCUGCUGUUUGCUCCCAAGCCACCACAUGUUGCCGUGCUGCCAUCACUUGUUCGCCUAUCUCUGCAUGUUGCCCUGCACUUCGCUGCUUCGACAACAAACGCUGCUGUGUCUGUCCCCCUGUCAGUGCAUGCUGCGCUGCUGCCAAAGCCUGCUCCUUGGCUGCCGGUACUGGGAGUUCUGCUGCACGACCGGGAGGACCCCCUACUGCUGCACCUACCACACCUUCCCCUCGACCCUGUUGACCCCUUUGUCCCUGCUGGCCCUGUUGACCCCAUUGACCCCGUUGACCUGGCUGAUGCAAUUGGGAUGAUGGACCAAAUGCAUCAGGCAUGGCUCCUUGGACUGGCAUGGUCGGCUGGCCUGGCUGCGUUGCCAUCAUGUGGAUACCAGUACCGUCCUUGCCUUCAGAGAUAG